GACACACAGUCACAGCUCCUCCCUGUAACUGUCAUUGUAGUUGUGUUCCUUCCAUUUCUACUCUUAGAUCUCUAUAACCCUAAUCCUAAAAUCCUCCUUUCCCCCCCAAAUCUCUUCACACUUCGUUUCAGAUUCUUACUCUUUUUCAUUGUUUGUUUCCCGAGAAAGUCUUCAAUCCGAUUCAGUUCGAUUACGUUAUCUUUCUGAUGCCAUCAAGCCAUUUCUUGCUCGGAUUUGAUCCGGUUCGGCGGCAUUUGAGGUUGUAGUUUUGAUCUGGUUUACGCAUCAUUGAUUGGCGUUUUUCAGUUUCUUCGGAUUGUCCAGGGGAAGAUUUUCCGGGAAAAUGAGAGAUUCUAGGGUGAUUAUAGUGUUGUAGUAGUAGAAAUAAAAAAGAAGAAAAAAAAAGAAAAAAUGGAUGAUAGAGGUGGCUCAUUCGUCGCUGUUAGGAGGAUUCCGCAAGGAGAAACCUGCCAUUCAAAUUCUGCUGAGGCUGUGGCUGGAUCAGCAGCAUGGCUUGGUAGAGGGCUGUCUUGUGUCUGUGCACAGAGAAGAGAUAGUGAUGCUUCUAGCUUUUUUGAUUUAACUCCAGCCCAGGAGGAAUGCUUGCAGAGGCUACAGAGUCGUAUAGAUGUUCCAUACGAUAGUUCUAUAAUUGAGCACCAGGAUGCCCUUAGGGCUUUAUGGAAUGCUUCAUUUCCUGAAGAAAAACUCCAUGGCUUGAUAUCUGAGCAGUGGAAGGAAAUGGGUUGGCAAGGGAAGGAUCCAUCAACAGAUUUUAGGGGUGGUGGUUUUAUAUCAUUGGAAAAUUUUCUGUUCUUUGCUAGGAAUUUCCCGAAAUCAUUCCAGGAUCUUUUACGGAAGCAGGAAGGAGAUCGAUCAGUGUGGGAAUACCCAUUUGCUGUUGCUGGUGUUAACAUCACAUUCAUGCUGAUUCAGAUGCUCGAUCUUGAAGCAGUCAAGCCACGCACACUUGUGGGAGCAACUUUCCUAAAACUUAUUGCAGAAAAUGAAUCAGCUUUUGAUCUUCUUUAUUGCAUAACUUUUAAGCUGAUGGACAAUCAAUGGCUUUCUAUGCGUGCCUCAUACAUGGAUUUUAAUGCAGUGAUGAAAUCCACACGACGUCAGCUGGAGAAAGAACUUCUCCUUGAAGACAUAGCGCGGCUUGAAGAUUUACCCUCAUACAAACUACUUUCACGAUAGAUAUCAGUCCCAAAAACCUGUCAGUCUCCUAAUUUUAGCUGAAAGACUUUUGUACACCAUGUGAUGCUCCUAUUAUAAUUUUCACUGCUGUCAAUUCAGCAUCUGAUAACAUUUCGGCAUGACUGAACUAAAACUUGUGAGAUGAUGUGAGCUUAAAGCCUUAAACGUGAUGUCAACAAGGUUUGAGGUGCAAUACUUAAGCUUUUAAUCUAUUUGAUGGAUGAUAUUGCUGGCAGAGAUGCUGCCAGGAGUCUGAAAUGUAAAUGUUCUUGGUAUUAGAUUUUAAUGAUUUGUGGUUUGCCACUUUGCCUGGAUAUUUCCGUGCGAUCCAUUAAUGGGCAAGUGCAGCUUGCAGUAAUGUAUUUAGAUUGAUUGCAUCUUCCUGACCUUGUUUAUAAAGGAGUUAAUAUACUUCAUAUUUGAGUAAUAGAAU